AUGCUUAAGAACUUUAGCAUGAAAAAGAUAAUUAUCGGCAUGCUCACCAUAGGGGCUUUGAGCGUUAUCAUUUCUUUGCACCUACUAAGAUACGACGGGCAUGAUUUGAUGGAAAUUGUCAAACCCAAAUAUAAACCACCAGAAGAAGAAUUUCAUGAUUCAUAUGAUAAUGAGGAACAAGUAGAAAAGCCUAAAGAGCCUGAAAGACCAAAAGCAUUGAAGGUAUCAGAGAUUCCUCACGAUGAGCGGAUGAUUAUAUUUCCUAAACGAUUUGAGGCCGCAGACUUGCAGGAAUAUUAUACUAAGCAUUUUGAAAAUUUGGAUGAUAUCAAGGGGAAGAAACACAUAUUUCAGUACCUGUACGAUGGAAAUGCAGAUGGUGAAACUAAUAAAUCUGAAGAAUUGAGCACCCAGGUUGCGGAAGAGACUGCAUUCCAUAAGCACGCAUUCAAGGUUUUCAACCCAUACCCUAAUAUCAAAGGAGACAACAGAGGAUGUUCAGCCAUCGAAAAUUCUCUCAAUUUAGAAGUUAGCGAGUCGAAGUCGAUGCAGAUAUCGUUGGAGAAAGUGGUUGGCAAUUUUGUUAAGCAGAAAAACGAGUACUACCGGGAGUUAUCACCAUUUUUCCAAAAAGACAUAGAGACUCAGCUUGAAGAACACACUAUAGAGAACUAUUGGUACAGAUUGGCAGGAUCUUCGGUGUGGUUGGAACAAUAUGGAGUGCAUUUUAUGGUUUCAAGAGUGUUGUAUAGUCCCAGAGGAAUUCGAAACCAGCCAAUUCUUAGUUUGAGCUACGUACAAAUCUUCAAUGAAAAAUGGGAGGAAUUGGAAAAUGUUGAAUUGAUUGUACCUACGAAUAACCCUGAUGUUGGUAAUCAAUUACCAGCAGAAAAGCAAUUAUGGGCUAGUAUCAGGUAUCCUGAUUUCUUGCCAAUUCCAAUAUUUCACAAUGUUAAUAAGCAAGAUAACAGGUUUUAUGGUCCUGAGGAUCCUAGAACCAUUCUUGUUAAGAACCCAAAAGGUUUUGAAGAGCCAUUGGUUGUCUUCAAUGAGUUUCAUAGAAAAAGUAUUAAGAGAACAUGGGAUGAGGGUCAGAGCGAACUUACUUUAAGCAUUAAGCAUUAUAGAUCAAUGUUUAUGGGGUGGCCAUGGCAAUUCCAAAGGGGCAAGGUGAAUGUUGACGGCUUACCAAGCAGAAAGUUUGACGAUAACCUAUAUACUAGAGUUGUUGAAUUGAAGAGACAUAAUAUUCCAAGAAAGAAGAUUCAAAAGAACUGGAGUCCGUUUAUCAGCUCUCAUGACCGCCAAAUAUAUCAGCAUGAUAAGUAUAUAUACUUCGUAUAUAUGUGGUCAAACUUGGAGAUCUUGAAAUGUGAUUUAGCGGACGUUUCAGGUAUGACUUCACGUUGUGAAUUUGACUAUAGACUAAACAAGAAUUUGCCCGAUGACGAGCCAGUUGGACAGUUGAGAGGAGGUACUCAGCUAAUCAGUAUUAACGAGUUGAUCAGCAGUGAAAGACACAAAUUUCCUCAGCUUGAUUCAGCUCUAAGCAAUAUUCCAAAGACUAGAGACAUAUGGAUCGGGUUUGCCAGGGCCCAUUUGAAGAACUGUGGGUGUGGACAAGACAUAUACAGGCCAAACAUGGUUAUAAUUACGAAAGAUGAUAACAAGUACAAAAUCAGUCAUAUCACUUCUUUCGUAUCGAUGGACAUACCGGUCAUAGGAUGGGACUUAAACAAACCUAACGAUGUGUGUAUCGGGGGCCAACCCAAUGUGUUCAUUCCCAACGGUAUUUCUUCGUGGUCGUUCAAAAAAGACGACAACAACCAACAUCUCGGUGCAGUGGAUUAUUUAACCAUGUCAUUUUCGCUUGCUGACUAUACAGUAGGAAUAAUCCACUUAAGAGGCCUACUUAACGAUUUAUUCAAACUAGACAAAAAGCCAUCGUACUCAAAUCACAAACUCUUUGAAUCCCUGCAUCUCCAUUCAGUGGGCUACAAUAAUGAUAAUGUAAACUGUGCUCUACAACUGUCUAUUCAAUUCUGUAAAGAGUACGGUAAAAAGGAACUGGAAAAAGCUGACAAUGCUGCAGACUCUAAAACAAACUCAAACUGA